CCCGGCCUCUCGCUCUCGCUCGCUCGCUCGUCGCUCUCGGCUGCAGCCCGGCGUGCGGGGCACGGCCGGCGCCAUGUCGGGCCCGUUCGAGCUGUCGGUGCAGGACCUCAACGACCUGCUGUCGGACGGCAGCGGCUGCUACAGCCUCCCGAGCCAGCCGUGCAACGAGGUCACCCCCAGGAUCUACGUGGGCAACGCGUCUGUGGCUCAGGACAUCCCAAUGCUGCAGAAGCUAGGCAUCACCCAUGUCCUGAACGCCGCCGAGGGCAGGUCCUUCAUGCAUGUCAAUACCAGUGCCAGCUUUUACAAGGAUUCGGGCAUCACCUACCUGGGCAUCAAGGCCAAUGAUACGCAGGAGUUCAACCUUAGCGCCUUCUUCGAAAAGGCCGCAGACUUCAUCGACCAAGCCUUGGCUCAAAAGAACGGCCGAGUGCUUGUUCACUGCCGCGAAGGGUAUAGCCGCUCCCCGACUCUGGUCAUCGCGUACCUCAUGAUGCGCCAGAAGAUGGACGUCAAAUCCGCCCUGAGCAUUGUCAGACAGAACCGGGAGAUUGGCCCCAAUGACGGUUUCCUGGCCCAGCUCUGCCAACUCAACGACAGACUCGCCAAGGAGGGGAAAGUCAAACUCUAGGGUGCCCUCUCCCACUGCCUCUUCUCAGGAUGGCACAUAGGGUGGGGUUCCUGAGGGGGGUGGAGGGGAAAGAAUCUCAAGCCGCCAUAUUUAGGAAACACUGCACCCCACUCCUGGCCUCACCAGGCACUUUCCAUAAACCUGUCCCAACACCACCCUGGCCCACCAUCCCCAGGAACGUAGCAGUAGGCUGGCCGAGGCAGACACAUGCUUGCUGCCAGCUGUGACGUUGCUCCCUUUGGAUGGCCGGUCACAUGCAUGCCUCUUUUCACCAUCCUCAUAGGAGGUCUGUGGGAGGGGAGGGCCCAAGAUGUCCACAGGGCCUCACCCCACACCUUUUGCCAUGGCCUCCCCAACCCAUCCUUCCUCACUGCCACCCUUCCGUUCUCUCAAGGGGACCAUGUCAUCUGGGCCCCAUAAAGGAACUAUGCAAAUGCAGGCUCCUCGCUCUAUACCAUGUCUGUCUCCCCCACACCUGCUCCCGGCCACCCACACCUGGCCCACAGGUUGAGGCAGGCCGUGAGGUAUGGGGGCAGCUGCCAGUUGGUGGUAGAAAAUUUCCCCAGGAGACCUCAACGGGAUUCCUUUGGGCUUAGACUCUGCCCAGAGGACCCUUUGAAAUCCUCCAGUUUCAAGCCCUGAAUGUGUGAAGCAUUGAGUGCAGAACCCUCUGGGAUAUCGCCCUCGGACCUCUCUCAGUGGUGUGUUGUGUCAGCAGAGCAAUGCCUGGGCGAUGGGUUUCUUUUUCUUUUUUUUU